UUUUACUUGGACUCAUUCACAGCAUCGCAUCGUUUAUAUUUUGGUCACAACAACUCCAGUUUUCGUCCAGGACAGACUUAAUAUACAGCUCUGAGGAAAUGUCAAGUCCCGCUCGUUCACCCAGUGUCGGAGCUGCCACGCCCAAACAGGGAGCCCGCACGCCAACUAGAGGAAUUGCUACCCAAGAUGUGGAGACUCCCAUGCGUAUGGGUCCUGGCAGGGCCGGUGUUCGGCCCUCGGAUAACAUCAGUUUGCCGCCCACUUCGCCGGGGAAUAUCAGUUUGCCAGCUACCAGUCCAGCUCGUGGGUUGGGUGCCAACAUGAGCGAGAUCGAUUUAAGCUCUCCACUCAACUAUGGCACUCCAAGCUCUAUGGGGUCCAUUCGCACUCCGCGCUCCGGAAUACGAGGUACUCCAUUGAGAGCGCGUCCUGAUAUUCGGACGGAUAAGCGCAUCCGCCAGGUAGCCAUUGGCGGAGGAUCGGGUCUGGAACCUAUUCCGGAAAAGGGCUCGGAGACGACGGAUCCCGUAUCUGAAUCCUCACAGGCACCGCAACUUGUCGUCUGGGGCACCAAUGUGGUGGUUAGCCAGUGCAAGUCAAAGUUUAAGUCGUUCAUAAUGCGCUUCAUCGACCCAAGCGCCGAGCAGGAUGAGAUCUCCGAAAACAUCGAUGUUAACCAGCCCCUAUAUCUGCAGAAGCUGGAGGAGAUACACACAUUGGAGGAGCCGUAUCUUAAUCUCAACUGUGCCCAUCUUAAGACCUUUGAUCAGGAUCUGUACCGUCAGUUGAUCUGUUAUCCUCAGGAGGUUAUUCCUGGCUUUGACAUGGCCAUAAAUGAGAUGUUCUUCGAGCGAUAUCCAGCCGCCCUUCUAGAGCACCAGAUUCAAGUGCGUCCGUUUAAUGCCGACAAGACACGCAAUAUGCGCUCCUUAAAUCCCGAAGACAUGGACCAGCUGAUUAGCAUCAGCGGAAUGGUCAUCCGUUCAUCAAACGUUAUUCCCGAAAUGCGUGAGGCCUUCUUCAGCUGCAACAUCUGCUCCUUCAGCACCACUGUCGAAGUAGAUCGCGGUCGGAUCAACCAGCCCACGCUGUGUACCAACUGCAACACCAACCACUGCUUCCGUCUAAUCCACAACAGAUCUGAGUUCACUGACAAGCAACUUGUCAAGCUGCAGGAGUCCCCGGAUGACAUGGCUGCUGGUCAGACGCCUCACAAUGUGCUGCUUUAUGCCCACAACGAUUUGGUGGACAAGGUACAGCCGGGUGAUCGUGUUACAGUUACUGGCAUCUACCGAGCAACGCCGCUUAAGACCGGUGGUUUAAGUUCAUCAGUGAAGAGUGUGUACAAAACUCACGUCGAUGUAGUUCACUUCCGCAAGGUGGACAACAAACGGCUGUACGAAGAAGAAGAGGGCAAGGAUCACAUCUUCCCACCGGAGCGCGUUGAGCUUCUGCAGUUGCUGGCUAAAAAGCCGGACAUCUAUGACCGCUUGGCUAGAGCUAUUGCGCCAUCAAUUUACGAGAAUGAUGACAUCAAAAAAGGCAUCUUAUUACAGCUCUUUGGAGGUACUAAGAAGAAGCAUGCCACUCUUGGUCGUCAGAACUUCAGAUCGGAAAUUCACCUUCUGUUGUGCGGUGAUCCAGGUACUUCCAAGUCCCAGAUGCUGCAGUACGUGUUCAAUCUGGUGCCAAGAUCACAGUACACAUCAGGUCGCGGUUCUUCUGCUGUCGGUUUAACUGCUUAUGUCACUAAGGACCCGGAGACACGCCAGUUGGUCCUGCAAACGGGUGCAUUGGUUUUGGCCGACAAUGGUGUCUGCUGUAUCGAUGAGUUCGACAAGAUGAACGACUCGACCCGCAGCGUACUUCACGAGGUUAUGGAGCAGCAAACUCUUAGUAUUGCCAAGGCAGGAAUCAUCUGUCAGCUUAACGCAAGGACCUCCAUCCUAGCAGCCGCCAAUCCUGCCGAGUCGCAGUGGAAUAAGCGAAAAAAUAUCAUUGAUAAUGUGCAGCUUCCACACACUCUACUGUCCCGCUUUGAUUUGAUAUUCUUGGUCUUGGAUCCCCAGGAUGAGAUUUUCGACAAGCGCCUGGCCAGCCAUUUGGUCUCACUGUACUAUGUGACUCGUCACGAGGAGGAGGAUACCAUGUUUGACAUGAGCGUCCUACGAGACUACAUAGCCUAUGCUCGCGAGCAUCUGUCGCCCACGCUUUCGGAUGAAGCGCAGCAGCGGCUUAUCCAGGCCUACGUGGACAUGCGAAAAGUGGGUGCCGGUCGUGGCCAAAUCUCAGCAUACCCGCGUCAACUGGAGAGCCUUAUCCGGCUGUCGGAGGCGCACGCCAAGGUACGGCUCAGCAACGAGGUCGAAUUGCUGGACGUAGAAGAGGCUUGGCGACUACAUCGUGAGGCUCUCAAGCAGUCCGCCACAGAUCCCCUGUCCGGCAAGAUCGACGUGGGCAUCCUCACCACCGGUUUAUCCACAGCAGCUCGUAAAAAGCGAGCCGAUCUGGUGGCGGCUAUUAAGGAGAACCUGAAGAAGAAGGGCAAGGUCCUCACUGUUCCCUACCAAAAACUGUUCAACGACAUAAAGGAGGGGUCUCAAAUUAUGAUCACCCGUGAGCAAUUCGAGGAUGCUCUGAAGGAGGUACAAGAUGAAGGUGCCAUUGUUGUGAUGGGGAAAAACACCAUUCGCAUUUGUUAAUUUUAUUAUAAUUAUGUCAUUUGAAACCAUAAACUCAUUCAUUCCUAUUUUUAAGUGCAUCUACAAAAAAGGUUCAAUAAAAUUUGUCUAUGUUUUGCCA